AUGAGACAGCUGCGUUCUGCUCGGCUUGCGCUGCGGCGAGAGACGCGGAAUUUUACUGCUUCGUCGCCAGGACUGUCACAGACUGUCGAACAUUUGCGGCAUCCGCUCAACACCGGCGAGGUGUUCUUGGUCGGCACUUCCCACAUCUCCGAAGCGUCAGCCAAGGAGGUGCGCGACAUCAUCCAUACUGUUCGGCCGCGGCAUGUGGUGGUCGAGCUCUGCGAAGCUCGUCGUCGUCGCCUGGAGGCGACGGCU